UGGAUCGUUAAGGACAUGACAGGCAAACGAAUAAGAUUUGAAGGAGGGGACUGAUACGGUCAGAUUUUUAUUUUAGGGAAAUUCCUGUGGUUGCCACAUCCUUUCAGAAAGGCUGCCCGAUUUCCCCCAACCUCCCAUGUGCACAGGGGUCAUCUGGACCUAAGUGUGUCCAGCACAAGUGCAGAGAUCCCAGUUACAUCGCCCACCAGAAAAAACUGCAGGGAGCCCAGUGGAGGAUGCCAGCAGCCGGCUUGGCUCUCCAAGGGCACAUCUUAGACCCGCGUCUGAAAGGCAAAUGCUGACGCAUCCCUGCUUGGCCCCAUGGGCCUCCUUGGGUCCAGUGCUCCUACCCUGUCCUGUAACACAGCAGGCAAUAGUGCUGAAACCACCCAGGACACGCACGUUACCAGUUUAUCACGUGAGGUUUCCGCAGCUGUGGCCACCGUGGACAAAAGUGCCCUGUCUUUUACUUCCCCAGCUGAGACCGCGACCAGUGUCUCUGCUCCUGGAAUAGAGAACAGUCUGACUAUCACCACAGCCUCCAGCCCUGACAGCAGGGUGACACGUGGGGCUCCGGUGUCCUCAUCUGACCCAGAGGGCGAGCUCAGAAGCACGGCUGCCGGUGGGAACUCUGAGCCCUCCAGGGCACCCCUCUCCGGCACCCCAACAGCCGCGUCACAGACCCAGGCAGGCUCCGUUCAGGACGCGAGUGAAUCCCAGGGCACACGCUGGACAGAAACAGAUCCUGGGGGGUCCUCAAGCAUUGUGGUAACCUCUGUCAGCCCUUCCCCCACUCCGGAAGUCACUGCAAAGAGCAGCCCCUCCAAAGGAACUUCACCCCAAGAAACCUCGACAGACACACUCUUCACAGAAGCCACAGGCGGCCCAGCCACUGAUCAGCUGACUGUCCCCAGUGGGGUGGGAAACAGCAGCACCAGGAGGAGUUGGACCACAGCCCACCUCCCCACAGAACAUACGGCUUCAUCUGAGACACUCACGGGUUUGACUCAGACCAUGAGAAGUGCCCCAGUCACUCCAGCCGAGGUGGGGGCGGCUGGUAAUCCAAGUACUCCAGGAGCCACACGCUUGCCCUCCAAGACGGUCUCUUCUACUUAUCCCGAGACGUCAUCUAGAGAGACUCCAGAUUCCGGGGAGCAAAGGAGCCCAGGACUGCCUCGGUCCAACACGGAACAUCACUUUGCCUCCCCUGAGCUUGGUUCUGAGGGAGACACCACGCUAACCCCCAGUGUUUCCCUGCUGUCACCUGCUUCAGAUCUGGGUGAUAAAGUGCCAGGCUCUAGCACAUCCUCAGUGCAGACAGUUACCUCUUCCACGACCACGGGGAUCCCGGGGAGCCCAGAGAGGACGGAGCCCAACUCAGCUGUCACGUUUCCCAUAACGGCAAAUAAUCCAGCGGCAAGUGCUGGGAGGGUCAGAAGUGCCACCUCUACCCUGGCCCGUCCAUCUCCCCCAGGGGAAGAGACAGCAGGGAGCAUGCUCCCCCUCAGCACCUCCCCCGAGACCCCAGACCCUCCCAGCCUCCCCGCAGCCGGGACUUGGGCUUCGGAACCAUCGAGUGGCCCUGGAACCCUCAGCAUCACCAGUGUGUCUGGAAUGAAGACUUCAUUUUCUCCAUCCCCCUCCUCUGCGUCAGAAGAGACCAACACCCUUUUAUUUACUACUGGAGAGGAUUCAAAGAAACCUUUAAAUCCAUCUGUGUCUCCACCUGAGACCUCUGUUUCCAGAGACAAGACCACCUUGGCCUUCACCUCUGUGCCCACGCAAACCCUCUCAGCCGUGGACUCCUGGGCUACACGCUCAGGUGAGUACCCCUCAUCCCAUAUAGCGAAUGCCUUCAGGACCACAAACAGCACCUCCAUUGCACAGUCAGCCAACACCACUGUUCCUAAAACUUCUCGGUUGACGAGGACCCCUGCUUUUAUUCCUGCAGCUGCCAUGUCACAGACCAACACUGUACUUCACAGCAAUGCCUGGCUGGAGACGAGUCCCAAAUUUGCAACAAGGUCGCCUCCGGCACGAAGCACUGUGUCAGCGACUGCCCCUCUUCUUUCUGCGGCCGGCGUGGUUCCUGGAUUCAGCUCCCUAAAAACCAGCUCCACGGAAGGAGUGUCUGUGUGGCAGCCUUCAACAGACAACCCAAGAGGUCCAGCCACCGUUCCUUCCGGACCUUCCACCAGGAUGCAGCCCACAGAGGGAAAUGGUGGGGAAAGGAAGUCGGGAACAACCCACCCGCCCAUUGGAACCGCAUCUCCACCUGAGACAUCCACACAUGCCUCCCUGGCCAAGGAAAGCCGUUGGGUCUCAACGAGUGCAUCUCAGUCCACUGGUGCUUCCAGCUCAAGGACUGUACGAAGGACAAGCCACUUGGCUGGCCCCUUGUCUGGGGCCCCCUAUGAUUUGUCCUCUGGGGGGCUUACAGUUUCUGGGGAUGAAACCAGCCCACCUCUGGCUCCAGAAACAACUGCAGUUCACUCGCCUGAUAACUCGUCUUCAUCUGCUGCUUCUGUUGCCCCAGUCCCAGUGGCCACCACAUUUUUAGCCCAGAAGGUCACCGCAAGCACUGUAGCCGGCACAGCUGAGGCUAGUAAAUGGGACAUGCCCAUAUCUUCUAGGACUUCCUCAUCACUUAGCAACUCCCCAGCCAGUGCGGACACAGGGAGGGGCGUCUCUGUUCCCCUGGCUACUCCAUCGUCAGCCCCGUCAGUGGAGCCAUCAGAAGAGAGCGUUGCUACCUCUGGCACCCGCCCAGAACCAACAGACUCACCCGGCGUCCUCCUCAGAGAGGUGCAAACCAGUCCAGAGAGUCACAUGCCCCUUGUCUCACCCUCGGUGAAGGCCACCACGGCUGUAUCAAUAGCAAAAAUGGAGACUGAUGAAAUCUCUUACUCUUCUGGGUCGCCACCUGUGAUGUCACUUCCCGGAAAGAUCGGCACCAGUGGUACCGGGGCCUCCGCCACAUACGUCCCCCCUCCGGAUCCCAUGGUGACACGUUCAGCUCAGGUCUCUUCAUCCCAUUUGGUGAAGGAGCUCAGAACCACAGACACUUAUGCAAGAACAGAGUCCGCCAGCCCAGCUGCUCAUGCUGGAAGUCCUCAAAUCCCAAGGACACCCAGUCCCACUAGCCCAGACAGGAUGGCAGGGGCCAGCACAGACACAGCUGAACGCUUCACUGGAUCCCAGCGCACAGAUCCGGCAGAAAAAUCCCCUGGCUUCGGGACACGGUCAACCCUAGGACCAGUGUCUGUCGUGGCCUCUGCCUCCCCUCCCUCUGGAAGCAGCACAUUGGAACUGACCUCUGACGCCUCAGGUGAGUCCUUGACCCUGAGCGCCAGUAACGAGAGCACAAUCACUUCUUGGCUCCGGGCUCUCAGUACGUCUCUCCCCAUGGUAACGUGGCUGAGUACCAGCUCAACAGAGGAAAGGGCCUUAAAUGCUCCCGAUGCUUCAAGUCCAAGUUCAUCCAAGACAUUUGCUACAUUUACACCUUCUGUACCUUCCCAUGAACUUGCAGAUCCAGGGGUAGACACCACUGUUCUCCAAAAUACAGAUUCGACCACCGUGGGCACGGGUGGGGACUUAACUCCCCCCACAGCCACAGCCUCCCACCAGCUCAGCAUGAGUCCGUCCGCCUCGUUGAUUCAUUCACCCUCAGAUACUACAACCAUAGCUAUCACAGCCUCAGGGAUGAGGGACGGCACCGAUGUGUCUGCUUCCAGAUUUCCAGGCCUCUCCAGCAUAGAAGCCGGGCAGAGCUCAUCUCGGCCCCUCCCCAUUACCUCUCCAUCGACAGAGCCCACAUCCCCAGCAGCACUGACCACUUCAACACCCAAGAGAAGACUCACAUCAGAGGCAACAAGACCGGCCGGCUCCGUGUCUCGAGACGAGACGAGCUCACCCCCAAGGCGGACUGCAGAGGUUCAGAGUCUUGCUGCCAUGGUUAGCUCUGUGGAAACCAGCAGGAGGGUCGCUCAGACGUCUGACCAUGGAAAAACCACAGUCAAUCUGAGAACAAGUUUAGUUGCCCAGUGGAAUUCAUCUCUGCCUUUAACACACAGCACUGUGGGGGUCCCGGCUUUGUCUGAGGCCACCACUCCUGGAAGGCAACGUGGCCCCUGGUCAGAAUCAUCAGUGACCACAGAGAGAGUUGGGCCAGAACCCUCUUCUUCAGUCUCCUCUGUGUCCCCUGAGGUGGCCACUGCCUUGGGCUCUGCCCCCACAAUGCCGGAAACUGUGGGCUCCACCUCAUCCGUCCCUAAGUUUAGGGAAAUAAUUACUGAGAAGGCAUCAGCUCCCUCCCUGGCCUCUGAACUGCUGGGUGGAAGCUCUCCCCCAUCUCCCCCAGAGGCCACAUCUUCCGUGGGCACCGGGGAGGGCACAGGGACAAGUCCACUCAUGUCACAGGCCAGCUCAUCUUCCGGAAGGGAAAUCGACUCCUCUGCUUACUCAUCCUCCGGCAUCAGCCACAGUGCUGAUUCUUUUGAUCCAUCCGCCAGAGGAGUGACCGGGGCCUCUCCCCUAGACCCCACGGCCUCGAGUUGGAUCUCCUCAUCGGCACUUACUGACUUUCAGGCACAGACAAGCCAAACUUCUCCCAAGACUCUUUCCUCCUCAGGGCCAGAGCACACCAGCCUGGGAGAGGAGAGUGGCCUGGCCAGGACCUCAUCAGGAACAUUUACCUCUUCUGAAGCCAAGGGAGAGCCCUCCUGGACAUCUGUCUCUGUACCGUCAGAGGCUCCACCUGACAGAGGCACUGAUGGGACUGUGGUGUCCGUUACUCACUUCCCCACAUAUGAAAGUUCCUCAUGGCUGAACAGUGACCCUUCAACACCUGUGACAGUGGUUGAUUCUGCAGGUCCUCAGGAGUCUGUGAGAACCACCACUGGGGAGCUGAGUGAGGGGGCGUAUGGAGGCACCACGUGGUCAACGGGUGACCCCAUGUCUCUGGUGACUGCAGGCAGACUGGGUAUGUAUGAUCCUCUGUGUACAUUAUGCUUAAGAUUGGUCUCUGGACUAAAAUAAUUGAUUUCCUCAGUCCCAGGUUCUGGUACAUAAUCAAAACUUUCUGCUGUUGUACCCAGAGGCUAUUGGUAACAUUUUAAGUGGAGAUUUAUUGACUUCUAAUAUGACUUGCUUCUCCUUAGUAAUUUAUAUGUUCAAGAGCCAAUCAUUUCAGCUUUAGGAACAGAUAUAAUGUCUCUACCAAACAGCUGACCAAUUGUGAAGGGCCUUCCUAAUUCAGAUACCAUCACUAAGGUCAGGGACUGCCAAGAACAGGGA